AUGCCCAGCGCCACGGGUCAGAACUGGGAGAAGUAUCAGAAGAAGUUCGCCGACGACGAGCCCGAGGAGAAGAAGAUCACUCCCUUGUCCGAUGAGGAUAUUCAAGUCCUGAAGACAUACGGUGCCGCUCCCUAUGCCGCCGCCCUCAAGAAGCUCGAGAAGGAGAUCAAGGACCGCCAGACAAGCGUCAACGAGAAGAUUGGUGUCAAGGAGUCGGACACAGGUCUUGCCCCUCCGCAUCUUUGGGAUAUCGCCGCCGAUAGACAACGCAUGAGUGAGGAGCAGCCACUUCAAGUCGCCCGCUGCACAAAGAUCAUUGCCGAUGAGAACGAGGAGAAGAGCAAAUAUGUCAUCAACGUCAAGCAAAUAGCAAAGUUUGUCGUCAACCUUGGCGAGCGCGUCUCUCCCACCGAUAUCGAGGAGGGCAUGAGAGUAGGUGUCGAUCGCAACAAGUACCAGAUUAUGCUCCCCUUGCCGCCAAAGAUUGACCCCUCGGUCACCAUGAUGACAGUCGAAGACAAGCCCGACGUUACUUACGGCGAUGUUGGUGGUUGCAAGGAGCAGAUUGAGAAGCUGCGUGAAGUCGUCGAAAUGCCCCUUCUGUCGCCCGAACGCUUCGUCCACCUCGGUAUCGACCCUCCCAAGGGUGCUCUUCUCUACGGUCCUCCCGGAACUGGUAAAACUCUCUGCGCCAGAGCUGUCGCCAACAGAACAGAUGCCACCUUCAUCCGUGUCAUUGGUUCCGAGUUGGUGCAAAAGUACGUUGGUGAGGGUGCUCGUAUGGUACGUGAACUUUUCGAGAUGGCACGUACAAAGAAGGCCUGCAUCAUCUUCUUCGACGAAAUCGAUGCCGUUGGUGGUGCCCGUUUCGAUGACGGCGCUGGUGGUGACAACGAAGUCCAACGUACUAUGCUUGAGCUCAUCACUCAACUCGACGGUUUCGACGCUCGUGGAAACAUCAAGGUCAUGUUCGCUACCAACCGUCCCUCCACUCUCGACCCAGCUCUUAUGCGUCCCGGACGUAUCGAUCGUAAGAUUGAGUUCUCCUUGCCCGACAUGGAGGGUCGUGCCAACAUUCUGCGCAUCCACGCCAAGAGUAUGAGUGUCGAGCGGGACAUCAGAUGGGAGCUCAUCUCUCGUCUGUGCCCAAACUCGACUGGUGCUGAGCUGCGAUCAGUCGCGACUGAGGCUGGUAUGUUCGCCAUCCGCGCCCGCAGAAAGGUUGCUACCGAGAAGGACUUCCUCAGCGCUGUUGAGAAGGUUAUUCGUGGUGGUCUCAAGUUCAACUCAACUGCCGCCUACGCGCAAUACAACUAG